GUCCCAUCCAGUCUGCCAUGCCGCUCCGGUGUCACUCUUGUCUCUGCCUGUGCUGCUUUGCUUUGUCGCUUUUUCUUUCAUCUCAUCAUCCCGCACAGCAACCCUCGUUCCUGACCAGACCAGACCUCUCUUUGUCCUCCGCCGACGGCCGUCUGAGCGCGCUCUUAGCAACCGACUACUCGACUGGGAUCAAAAGCCGCCGGUACCCGGCCGGGGCCGCAUCUUGGGAUUUCCCCCUCCUCCUCCUCAUCACCACUCCCCUCCCCAUACUCAGACAUUCACGCGCGUCAGGUUUGCGCGAGCUGCCAGCACCACGUUUCAUGGACCGCACGCCUCGAAAACAACUCGCUCUCCUACUCCGUUGGGGAUGCUGAGACGCCAGCACGCCACAGCCAAGCUCCCAGCCCUGCCUCCGAGCGACAAUGGCGUCGUCCUCCGUCGCCCAGACGGCCGGUCGAAACGCCUCGAGAGCGGCUGCUCGACUCUCCUCCUAUGAUGCGAUACUCGCGCUAUCUCCUCCUGCCCUGGUAGGAGCCUCGCGUCGGUCUCAGCCCGCGAGCGAUGACGCUGCCGCCCACCAACAGCUCGGAGAUGUCGUCACGAGACGGACUCUGGCCUCGUCGCACCCCGCCGCCGCCGCCCCCCGGCGAACACAUCGGGUCGGCCGUUCCCCUGUCCAGGCCGUCGUGUCCGCCGGGCCACGACACUUUGCGCAAACACACACGCAAGCCCCCGCGCAACCAGCAGCAGCACGUCAGUGCUUCCACACCUACUUCGUCACCCACCUCCCGUCGUCGUCGCUUCACCCGGAUGCGCACAACUCGGCCGGCCCGGGCCAUAAGCUGCCCCGCGACGCCUCGAUGCCUCAUACGCCCGAUCCGGGCUCGUCGCCCGCCGUGGCGCUGCCCAACAUGCCUGGCAGAGACCUCACCGUGGUCAGGAUACCUUUGCGGCGGGCCAAGCACCACUUCGGCUCCCACUCAGCCCGUGGCAGUCGGCCCUACAACGAAGACGCCGACCAGGCUGGCAUCAUCGCCGUCCCCGCCUUCGCCAGGAGGGCUCCCAUGAGCGUCAAGAAAAAGCCCGGCGAGGCCACCCCCGCGAGCAGCGCGUCAGGUGACCCUCAGAUCUUCUACUUUGGCGUCUUCGACGGCCACGGCGGCACCCAGUGCGCGCAUUUCCUCCGCGACGAGCUGCAUGGGUACAUUGAGGAGGCAGCCAAGAACUUUGGCCUACAGAGCAGCUUGCGCAAGACGAAGCCAGGCCGUGAACAGAGCGGGCCUGCCACGGCUCGCGCAAGGGUCGGAGUCUCCAAAGGUCGUGCUCUCAGCUCGGUGGACAUGAAGGGUCCCGAAGAAGUGAAGCAGGACAUGCAAGUACCCGACCACGACAACGGCUCGGUGGGCGACGUCGAACACGGCAAGCCGCUCGCUAGUGCCGAGUCGGAGCCGGCCGAGGUGCAGGACACCGCCAAGGCCAUUCAACUGGAACGAGAUCUCGUCAAGGCGUACGCGACCACCAUCGGGGGCUACUUUAGGCGCUUCAACCCGGAGCAUUUCGCCACCCAGGGCGAGCCUGGCGACGAGGCGCCCAUAUCCGCUGAGUCGAGCAUCGCGUAUGCGUUCCUGCGCGCCGAUCUGGACUUCGUCUCGGCUCAGGCGAGAAAGGUCGACCCCGACGACUCGGACAUGCCCGUUAACGACGACGAGAUCCUCGGGGCCCCGCAUGCGACGCCGUCCGGCCACAACAUUGGGGGCGCGACGCGCUUCAAGGGCGGCUCGACGGCCUCGGUGGCCCUCAUCUCGACGCCAACCCCCGCGCCCUUUUGGCACCCAGGCGCGCAGUCGACGCUGCUCGUCGCGCACGUGGGCGACAGCCGCAUCCUCCUCUGCGACACGGCCACCGGCCUGCCCCAGCCCCUGACCUCGGACCACCACCCCACGACGCCCACGGAGAGUAGGCGCCUCCGCCGGUACGCGCCCGCGGGCUCCAUGGUGUCGGGCGACAGCUUCGGCGAGGAGCGCAUCGCGGGGCUGGCCAACAGCCGCGCCUUUGGCGACAUCCGCAGCAAGCGCAUCGGCGUCUCGGCCGAGCCCGAGAUCACGCGCGUCGACAUGGGCCCCGCGCAGUACUCCUUCCUCGUCCUCAUGAGCGACGGCGUGUCGGGCACCCUCAGCGACCAGGAGAUUGUCGACGUGGUCAAGGAGGCCAAGACGCCCGACGAGGGCGCCCGCCGCGUCGUCGACUACGCCACCGAGGUGUCGAGGGACGGCGACAACGCCACCUGCCAGGUCGUCCGCCUCGGCGGCUGGGAGCGCCGCUCCGAGGGCGGCCUCGGCAGCCUGGGCACAAAGGAGAUUCGCGACAUUCGCCGCGCCGAGGCCCAGGAUCCGCGCCGGGGCAAGCGGUAAAACGCACCCCGCGCGCGGGUCCGCCGGGGUGGUAACCUGUACACGAGAUUUUCCUCCCUUCUUUCUUUUCUUCUCUGGCGGAUGGCGGCCGGAAGGAUGACACGACACGACGAAUGACACGAGAGAAUUUGGCUUACUUCCACUUCCACACACAUACGCACACGCACACUCAUAUAUCUCCCUGUCCGGUGGACGAGCGUCCAGGAGGAACCCUUCCUCCCUGUAUACUAGAGACCACGGCGGUAUAGAGCCUUGUUCACCCAAAAAAGGGAAAACACUAGAGGGGAUCGGGGCGGGGGUGACACUACGAAACGGGAGGGAGGAAGAAGUCUUUUCUUCUUCUUUGACGACUUGCAUAAUGAAGCUACAUAGCGUACAGACAUGCCGGCUGGCCAGGUAGAGAGCCCAGUCCCACGAGAAUAGACAAGACGACAAGCAUAUGCA